UCAACAAUAAAUGCGUCACAAUAAUUACGUCACUAAACAACUAAAAACAUCGAUUUUCCCCCAAACUCGGCAUAACCAGGAAGUACUCAAGUGUCAUAUGACUGUAGAAAAAUGGCUGCGGUGCAGUGGCGUUCCCGCGGGCGCAACUAUGACGCAGAGCUGCAGAGAUGUCGUCCUGAGGCGGCUCUGGUUGAGUUUGGAGACUAUCAUCCCCUCAAACCCAUCAUGGUGACAGACACAAAGACCCGCCGUGGUACUCGUAAAGGCAGCACCUCCUCGUCUUCCUCCUCCUCCUCCUCCGCACCCGCAGACCCACUCAGCUCCAUGCUGGACGGGACCGAUCCCCUCUCCAUGUUCGCGGCGGCCUCAGCCAGCGAGGCUCCAGCCAUGUCACACAGCGUCUCCGCAGGGGAUUUGGGGAGGAAGAAGAGGGAAAAGGAGGAAGAGGUGGUGGGAGCAGACUUUGAACCCUGGUCGUCCAAACGAGGAGAGAUCCUGGCUAGGUUCACCACCACUGAAAAGCUCUCAAUUAAUCUUUGCAUGGGUUCUGAUAAAGGAAAAGCUCCAAGUCCAGGAUCAGCUGUUUCAGAGAAAGUUCGUACUCGUCUGGAGGAACUGGAUGAUCUGGAGGAGGGCUCCCAGAGAGAGCUGCUGAACCUCUCCCAGCAGGAUUACGCUAACCGCAUUGAGGAGCUAAACCAGUCCCUGAAGGAGGCCUGGGCUUCUGACCAGAAGGUCAGAGCCCUGAAGAUCGUCAUCCAGUGCUCUAAGCUUCUAUCUGACACCUCGGUGAUCCAGUUCUACCCCAGCAAGUUUGUUCUCAUCACUGAUAUCCUCGACACUUUUGGUCGGCUGGUGUACGAUAGAAUCUGGACCAUGUGUUCAGACCCAAGACCCCUACCAGAUUCAUUCACAGUCGAUGAUGUGAAUGACACAGCCAAGGAGACGUGCCUCAACUGGUUCUUCAAGAUCGCUUCCAUCAGGGAGCUUCUGCCCAGAUUAUACGUCGAGGCCGCCAUUCUCAAGUGCAACCGCUUCCUGAACAAAUCCGGUAUUCAAGAGACGCUCCCUCGGUUGACAGCCAUGAUCAGAGGGAUCGGAGACCCUCUGGUGGCAGCGUACACCAGAGCUUACCUCUGCAGGGUGGGCAUGGAAGUCGCUCCCCACCUUAAAGACAGCCUGAACCGCAACUUCUUUGACCUGCUCGGCACCUUCCGGCAGAUCAGCGGGGACAGCGUCCAGAACCAGCUGGUCCUGCAGAGGGUGGAGGUGCCCGAGUACCUGACGCUGUAUUCACCCGCCAUCAACUGGAUCCUGCAGUGCAUCGCCUACAGAGCUCCUGAGCUUCUGCUAACAGAGAUGAUGGACCGAUGCAAGAAGCUGGGGAACAAUGCCUUGCUGCUGAACUCAGUCAUGAGGGCCUUCAGGCCGGAGUUCGUUGCAGCCAGAGCCACGGACUUCAUCGGUAUGAUCAAAGACUGCGACGAGGCCGGUUUCCCGAAGCAUCUGUUGUUUGGGUCUCUGGGUCGCAGUCUGGCUUGUGCCGACCCUCCAGAAUCUGAGAGGCUGACGAUCCUUAAUGAAGCCUGGAAGGUCGUCACCAAAGUCCGAAAUCCUCAGGAUUACGUCAACUGCGCUGAGAUCUGGGUGGAAUUCACCUGUCGACACUUCACAAAACGUGAGGUCAACACUGUUCUGGCUGACAUCAUCAAACACAUGACCCCCGACCGGGCAUUUGAGGACGCUUAUCCUCAGCUGCAGUCAGUGAUCAGGAAGAUCCUCACCUACUUCCACGACUUCUCCCUCCUCUUCUCCAUGGAGCGUUUUCUACCGUUCUUAGACAUGUUCCAGAAGGACAGUGUGAGGGUGGAGGUCUGCAGGUCCAUCAUGGAGGUCUUCAUCAAACACCAGGUGGAGCCCACCAGAGACCCGGUCAUCCUCAACGCUAUGCUGCACAUCUGCAAGACAAUGCACGACUCUGUGAACGCUCUCACUCUUGACGACGAGAAAAGAUCUUUGGCUCUGCUGAUCAUCGGCUUCAUCCGCAUGGUUUCUUUUGGUCGUGACUUCGAGCAGCAGUUGAGUUUCUGUGUGGAGGCCAGGGCCACCUUCUGUAACCUGGAGCCAGUGCUGGUGCAGCUCAUCCAUACGGUGAACCAGCUGGCGAUGGAGACCAGCACGGUGAUGAGAGGGAGUCACUCCAGAAAAACGGCGGCCUUCGUCAGGGCGUGCGCUGCCUACAGCUUCAUCACCAUCCCGUCUCUCAGCAGCAUCUUCAGUCGUCUCAGCCUCUACCUGCUGUCUGGUCAGGUAGCCUUGGCAAACCAGUGUCUGUCUCAGGCGGAUGCUUUCCUGAAGGCCGCGGUCAGUAUUCUUCCGGAAGUUCCUCGCUCCAUCAGCGUGGAGGGGAAACUCCGCUCUUCUGAGAGCUUCCUCCUGGACUUCAUCAACAACUUCCUAGCUACGCUGCUGGUUGUCCCGGACCAUCCAGAGCACGGCGUGCUCUACCUGGUCCGCGGCCUGCUCAACAUGGUCCAGGAUUACACCUGGGAAGACAACAGUGACGCUAAGGUGCGGGUCUACGUCAGUGCUCUGCCCCUGCUGGCUGCCAUGAGCCAGGAAACCUACCUCUACUCCAUCCCUAAAGUUGACUCCAAUGAGACACUUUAUGGCGGAGACCCCAAGUUUCUAUCAGAGAUCAACAAGCUGUGUGAGACUCUGAUCGGACAGAUCCUGGACCACCUGAAGGCACUCGGUCGAGACGAGCAGAGCACGCGGCGUCAAUGCGCUCUGGCGUUUUCCUUGUUCGGUGUCCUGCUGGCUCACGGCGACCUGAGGAACAACAAGCUGAGCCAGCUGGCUGUCAACCUGUGGAACCUCAGCCACAAACACGGAUACUGUGAGACUCGUAUCUCAGUUCGGACUCUUGAGUACAUUAAACACCAGGCUCACCUGCCCGACAUGACUCACCUGACAGACACAGUCCAGAGGCUGGCACUGCAGUCCCGCACCUGAUCCUCAACAAUCAUUUGGUAAAUGUUUGUGUGUAGAUAAAAAGACACCAAGAACCACAAAGAAGAAGAGAAAAUGCCUUAAUGUGUUUGUGAGAGGACACUUUGUGAACAUGUGAAGAGGUGUGAAUGGAUAAAAAGCACUUUGGAUACUUUAUUUUAUAUUUUGGCACAUCACUUUGGACCAAUGUAAAAAAUCCCAAUAUUGAUACUUGUUAGAUUGAAGCUACAGAAAGCUGUUCUCGUGCCAAAAGUUUUUUGUUUUUUUUUACAACUUUCACGCCUAAAACUAGCACCUAAAGAAAAUCCUUCCAUGUUGUUCAUUGUCAAUGUUUGGUACAUACAAUAAAGUACAUUACUAAAC